AUGUCAGUCGUCAUAGUUGGAGGUGGUAUCAUGGGUGUUUCUACCGCUUAUUAUCUAUCAAAAAGGAAGGUCGACACACUAAUAAUUGAAAAAGAGCAACUUGGAUCUGCAGCAUCUGGGCGAGCUGGGGGAUUCCUUGCUAAGGACUGGUGUUCUCACAAUGAAAUGGAUGUUUUAGCUCAGAACGGUUUUGAUUUGCACAUGAAAUUAGCAGAUGAGUUCGGUAGUGCAUGUGAUUAUAGACGUGUUAAUACGUAUUCUAUAUCAUUAUCUCCUGGGAAAUCUUCCGGUUCUUCAAAUUCACCAUCUUGGGUCAAUGCGAAAGUAAAACAUUGUUCACUGAUAGGUGACUCUACAACUACUGCACAGGUACAUCCCAAAAAACUCACAGAUGAAUUAUUUCGGCGUGCUCAAUAUUUAACAAAUCAGGGAACAAAAUUGAAAAUUGCCCGUGUUAUAGGACUAGAAUUUUCAACAUCGAAUACAUCGGCUCCCAAAGUUAGUGGUGUUCGAGUAAUAGAAUCUUCUACUUCAAAUCCUGAAGUUAUCCCUGCCAGUUUAGUUAUACUUACUACAGGACCAUGGUCAAAGGAAGCUGUUAGUUGGUUACCAUCAGGAUGUUUAAAUCCUAAUAAAUUUCAUGGAAGGCGAGCUCAUAGUAUCAUAUUGAAACCAAAAAUAGAGAAGUCUCCAAUAGAUGCUAAGUGUUUGUUCAUGGAUUAUCAAAAUUCUGAGUUCUCUUGUUCACCUGAAGUUUAUCCAAGACCUGAUAAUACAGUCUAUGUAUGUGGUCUUGGUGAUGGAGCACCUGUACCGUCUUCAAAGGACCAAGUUGAAAUUGAAUCUUGGCGUUGUAAUCGUUUAAAAGAAAUAGUUACUAGUGUAGUCCCAUCAUUAAAAGAUGCUGAGAUGAUAACAGAAUCUGCUUGUUAUUUACCGCUAGUGAGUGAUGGCUAUCCUGUCAUUGGUCAAAUUCCUGGUUUAUCCAAUGUUUAUAUUGCCACGGGUAAUUCUUGUUGGGGAAUUCUUACUGGACCUAUAUCUGGACGCCUUUUAACAGCUGUCAUUUUAAAAAAUAAUCCUAAUUUAAUACAGAGCACAAAUUCAAACGUUACCGACCAAAUGGAGCUGGAUGAAAAAAAAGCCCAAGAUGAUUUAUUACAACAACCCGGUAUUGAGUUGUUUGAUCCAGCAAGACUGAUAAAAUAA